AUGAGAGGAGAAAUUUGCCAUAUUCACAUUGGUCAGGCUGGUGCACAGCUGGGUACCAGCGCUUGGGAGCUGUACCUGCUCGAGCACGGUCUCAAGGCCGACGGCCGGAUUGACGAGGAGAGAAUCGAAGAGAUCGGUGACGGUGGCUCCCGCGAGACCUUCUUCACCGAGACCGGCAACGGAAAAUAUGUGCCUAGAUCGGUUUUCGUCGACCUUGACCCCUCGCCCAUUGAUGAGGUCCGUACCGGCAACUUCCGUCAGCUCUUCCACCCUGAAUUCUUGGUUAGCGGAAAGGAGGAUGCCGCCAACAACUAUGCCCGUGGACACUACACUAUCGGAAAGGAAUUGGUGGACAACGUCCUUGACCGCGUCCGCCGUGUUUCCGACAACUGCUCCUCUCUGCAGGGCUUCCUAGUCUUCCACUCUUUCGGUGGCGGUACUGGUUCCGGAUUUGGCGCCCUGUUGUUGGAGCGUCUCGCAACUGAGUAUGGCAAGAAGUCGAAGCUCGAGUUCGCCGUCUACCCCUCUCCUCGUGUGUCGACUGCUGUCGUGGAGCCUUACAACGCUGUCCUAUCCACCCACAGCACCAUUGAGAACUCGGACUGUACCUUCUUGGUUGACAACGAGGCUGUCUACGAUAUCUGCCGUCGCAACUUGGACAUCCCUCGUCCCAGUUAUGAACACCUGAACCGUCUGAUCGCCCAGGUCGUUAGCUCCGUCACCUCCAGUCUCCGUUUCGAUGGUGCCCUCAACGUCGAUCUGGCCGAGUUCCAGACCAACUUGGUGCCUUUCCCUCGUAUUCACUACCCUCUGAUUUCCUACGCUCCUGUUGUGUCCAGCAGCCGCAGCUCUCACGAGAGCUUCAAAGUCCAGGAUCUCACAUUCCAAUGCUUCGAACCCAACAACCAAAUGGUCGUUUGUGACCCCCGCAACGGCAAGUACAUGGCUGUCGCUCUUCUGUACCGUGGUGACGUUGUGCCACGUGACUGCACCCAGGCCGUGGCCAACGUCAAAGCCAAGGCUUCUUUCAACCUGGUUGAGUGGUGCCCUACCGGUUUCAAGUUGGGUAUCAACUACCAGAAGCCCCAGCGCGUUCCCGACAGCGAGAUGGCCCCUAUCGACCGUUCCGUCAGCAUGCUCUCCAAUACCACUGCCAUCUCUGAGGCCUGGAGCCGUCUCGACCACAAGUUCGACCUCAUGUACUCCAAGCGCGCUUUCGUUCACUGGUACGUUGGCGAAGGUAUGGAGGAGGGUGAGUUCUCUGAGGCUCGUGAGGACCUGGCUGCAUUGGAGAAGGACUACGAGGAGGUUGCUAACGACGGCGAACCCGAUGUCGAGGAGGAAGCUGAAUACUAA